UACAUAAUUGGUUGUCUCGUUUUGUAUUUAUUGGAUGUGCUAAUUAAAGCUCCAUUAGCAGAGUCCUUCAAAGAAGAACAUUCAUUGCAGCCAGACAUUUAUGAGGUCUGUGUAAAUGUCUUGUAUUUGCAAAGUGCUCUCUGGAGGGUGAUGCCGUGGAAACAGCUUCAAAAUGAGUAGGAUUUGAAACAUUGCAGUGUGAAAAUUGUAGUAAGGUUUGCAGUAACACGUAGCGAUAAUAUCUAAUUGAGCUGGGUGGUUCAAAAGAACCGUAUGUUUCAACGCAACGUUUCGAGCUAUGCUCUGAUCGACUUCUGGAUAGGGCUGUACUCUGACGAUGCAUGCUGCUUAAUUCAGUACCGGUGGUGCGGGUUGGCUUGCUGAUGCACGAAGGCGGGAAAUAAUGGCUUGAAAAUGGAUUCUCAGACGGAAAAGAACAUGACAUUUGAAGCUACAAAUACAACAAUUCUAGCGUGUGGAUUGACCGGAUUCAAACCGUUCUCUGGAUCAACAGGGCAACUGAUUACAGUAAUCGCCACAACUGUCUUCAUUUUGGCGGGAAAUGCAAUCAAUUUGGCCAUUUUGGGUACAACUAAGUCACUCCGCACUGCGCAUGGUUAUCUCCUGUCAGCACUUGCCAUUGGUGGAUUCAUAGUUGGAUGUAAUGCUACACUAUCCAUCUACCCAGUUGUGACAAAAUGCUGGUUGUACGGGACCAUCAUUUGCCAGUUAUCUGCAUAUUUAUUCGAAUUCUGUAUGGUUUUCAAUCUCUUUAUCGUGGUUCUACUGAGUGGAGAGAGGUACAUUGCCAUUGUACAUCCAUUGAAAUACAGAGUACUCAUCACUAAAACUAAGACCAAGAUCGCCAUUGGUGUCAGCACGAUGAUUUCUUGUGUGUUUCUAACCAUACUCGCAGUAACACAGCCAGAAUUCAAGUACAAACCACGCCAAUACGUUUGUCGCCGUACUAAAAAUGAUGACAUUCGUGGGGCAUUUAUGGCUCUAUCGUCCAUAUUGUUGAUUUUCAGCUUUGCCGUGGUGAGUUAUACCUCCGUUACAAUGUUAAGGGCAGUGGUGCGACGGUCAAAUGAAAGCAAACGUUUAUUUGAGGGCGUGCACGCAUCACAUCUACAAUCUAACGCGUCCAUGGUGUCCGCACAAAACUCUCGCAUCUUCAAAGUAACUGUGCUCAUAGCAACUACGUUCUACAUCUCAUGGAUACCAGCUAUCGUCGGUGCCAUGUUGAAUGUUGCAGAUCCAAACAUUUUGGAAAGUUCACCAAUCUUUGAAUUCGCUGCACAGUGGCUGCUCAUCUCAAACACGCUCUUCAAUACAUUGAUUUACUUUUUCAUGUUGAAGCUCUUCCGUGUCCGCGCCAAGGAGAUCUCUGCACAGCUGUGUUGUUGUCUGUGUUUUGUCGUGAAGGGAAUAAGGAGGGCAGAUCCGAGCACAAACUCUGACAGUAGACUAGCUAUCGAACUUACCGUUUUCCAAAAAGGUACCACAUCUAAUGUAUAGUAUUGA